AAAACAUCACCCCCCUAAUCCGGUUUUCCUCCUCCGUCACUCAUCUCUCCGGCCGUUUAUUUUCCGAUGCCGUACAGGUUUCUUUGGUGGUUUUCCGGCGUUUCUUAAUCGUGAUGGGGAAUUUCUUGAAUGGACGGAACAGGUGGUUUCCGACGGAGAGGGAAGGUCGGACGACGAAUGAUUUAUGAUUUAUCCGGACGAGGUGAGAGAGAGAGGCUAUUAUCUCUUAUUGGUUAACGUGAGCCACCGUGACUAGAGGAGGAAAAGUCGAAAAGAACGAAGGAAGUGAGAUCGUGGGUUUGAAACGUGGAGAGCCGUGAUUGAGAUUUGGGAUAUGACAGAAACGGAGAACGCGAUGCCGUGGGGUACAUGGGAGGAGCUUCUCCUCGGAGGCGCCGUACUUAGGCACGGCACCAGAGCUUGGGAAGAUAUCGCCGCAGAGCUUCAAGCCAGGUCCCUCCAUCCCUGCUCUUUCACCGCCGAGGUGUGCAAAGCCAAAUACGAGGACUUGCAAGAGCGUUUUUGUGGCAGCACAGCUUGGUUCGAGAAGCUUCGUAAGCAACGAGUUGCCGAGUUGAAGCGGGAGUUGGAGAUAUCUGAAGACUCUAUUGGCUCUCUGGAAUCAAAGCUUGAGAGUCUCAAGGCCGAAAGAGAAGGAAGUCGCCCCGUGGAUUAUGAUUCCAGUCGGACAGAAUCGCCGUUAACCAUUGGAAACUCAUCGGAAGCAGCGGAUUCCUCGGGCAAGGAGGUAUCAUCGAAGGAUGGUCUGUCUGCUGGUAGUUUCACAGAGGAAAAUCCCACCAUAUGGUCUCCCAAAUGUCAGGUGCCGGCAGUAGUGGAGUCCUCACCUCAAGAAAACAAUAUUGUAAAACAAGAACCAGAACCUGAACCAGAACCAGAACCAUCUGUGGAUACAGAGGGAGAGAAGACAACAGCGUACGUCGAUGAGAAGCCGCCGCCGCCGCCGCCGCGGGUGGAAGAUAUUGUGGGUGCCCGAGGAGGAUGUGUAAGGAAGAGGAGAGGGAAGAGAAAGAGGAAGAACUGUACUACUACUACUACUAAUACUACUACUGCUACUAGUGGCAGUAGGGACGUCAAGGAAGGGAGUGUUGGCGAAAAUGAUGUCUCCACCUCCGGCAAUGUCGCCGUCACUGUCCCAGUUAAAGAAGAUGCAACAGACAAUCGGAGUAAUCGCGAGGGUGAUGAGGUUGCAGAGCAAGGUCAUGGCUUAGAGCUUAUGAGAAUUUUGGAUUCGCUGAUGGAACACGAUUGUGCUUCCACCUUCCGUCGCCGGCUUGACAGCCAGAGACGAGCGAGGUACAAGAGAAGCGUGAGACGGCAUCUAGACAUGGAGACGAUAAGAUCGAGGAUCAUGGAGCGUUCGAUCACGACAACCAUAGAACUGUACCGCGACGUUCUUCUGCUUGCCAACAACGCGGUGGUCUUCUACCCCAAGAACACACGCCAAUACAAGUCAGCUCUCUCUCUUAGGGAUCUCGCAGGAAAUUUUUUCCGGCAAAUUCCCAAGGACAAAACCCCAGAUAGCGCCGCCGUCGUCGUCAUACCUACCGUGGAUGCAACCACAACCACAGAAGCUGCUGCUGUUGUUCCUGCUCCCGUUCCCGCUCCCGCUCCCGCUCCCGCUCCCGUCGUCACUCAAUCGCCUAAGCGUAACCCCACGGUGAAGCCUCGAAGUGCGCGCCCCUACAACCGCAAAGUGGUUGAUGGUGGGAAAGUAUUUGCGGGUACUCAGCCGCGAGAAGAUAAGAAGGCACGAGAUGCCGCUUCUUCUCCGGCGGAUUCCACACCGCCUGUAAAGAAAGGCGUUGGUCGGCCGGCGAAGGCUGGACGGGGAGGUGCUCGGAAGCGGGCCGAGGUUCCGGUUAAGGCAAGGAAGAGAGCUCGCAGAAGCUAA